CGAAAAUUUGACGCUGAGAUGCUGCUGCCAACGGAUCUUUUACGAGAUGCGCCGAGCCAUGGUACGCGAGGUGGCCCUGGCCUUUUACUCGCAGUGGAACUUUCGACUCCAGCUGGCAGUCCAUGGGCGUCUCGACUGGGCUCGCACGCAAAAGAUUCGCCUUCAACUCCGCAACGAAGAUAAAUUCAAUCUCAUUGGUGCAGGGUUCACCAACAAGGCUCUAUUACGGACAAAAGCUUUGCAGGUUCUAUACAUUGAUUGCUCCGAAUUCAAUCGGCCCUCCAACAGAGCGAUUGGACCCAACAUUGUCAUUUCUAGCCCGGAUUCCGAGGUGGGAGCGGAUGAUGAGGCAGAACUGGAAGAGUUUGGGCAACGGCAUUUUUUGGAAAUCGUGCUCGCUGGCUGCGGCACUCAGCUGGAAAGGUUGGAAACGGUGGUGCUUGACGGCAAAGGCCGCUAUCCCGCGUUUUGGCCGGAGCAAGUCCGGCAGUUUGUCAAGGCUGAAGUGCAAGUAAUUGAGCUUGAAUAGCAAUAGAACUAUUUUCAAGAUAGAUUCUGGUUUGCACCAGGGGUGAGCAGGCAAAUUCACGCUAAGCAAACA